AUGAACUUUUUGACCCUCUGCAGACCUGUGCCUCGUCUCGGUCAGGAUCCUAACACAGAGGUGGAUUUGGAACUGGAGUUCAAUGCGACCUCCACAGUACCUAUCCCCAAGGGCAGUGACAUUGUUGAAACAUUGAAAGAGGCUCUGACCAAUCCAAACUCUAACUUCAACUUAUCUUUGGAUCUCAACUCCAUCACUGUGAUAAAUGCCCCUGCUACAACAACUGUUCCUGCUACAACUGCCAUAACAACGGCACCUCCUCCAGUGGUGGAAUUACAAGUCACCUUGCAGCAAGCUUUUGUACCAGCCUUGACUGACCCUCAAAGCACAGAAUUCAAAACACUAUCAGUAACCAUUACUACAAUUUGUGACACAAUCUUCCGACAAAGAUAUGGGCUUAGUUUCAUUCAGACGACUGUUACUCAAUUCAGACCUGUGCCUCGUCUCGGUCAGGAUCCUAACACAGAGGUGGAUUUGGAACUGGAGUUCAAUGCGACCUCCACAGUACCUAUCCCCAAGGGCAGUGACAUUGUUGAAACAUUGAAAGAGGCUCUGACCAAUCCAAACUCUAACUUCAACUUAUCUUUGGAUCUCAACUCCAUCACUGUGAUAAAUGCCCCUGCUACAACAACUGUUCCUGCUACAACUGCCAUAACAACGGCACCUCCUCCAGUGGUGGAAUUACAAGUCACCUUGCAGCAAGCUUUUGUACCAGCCUUGACUGACCCUCAAAGCACAGAAUUCAAAACACUAUCAGUAACCAUUACUACAAUUUGUGACACAAUCUUCCGACAAAGAUAUGGGCUUAGUUUCAUUCAGACGACUGUUACUCAAUUCAGACCUGUGCCUCGUCUCGGUCAGGAUCCUAACACAGAGGUGGAUUUGGAACUGGAGUUCAAUGCGACCUCCACAGUACCUAUCCCCAAGGGCAGUGACAUUGUUGAAACAUUGAAAGAGGCUCUGACCAAUCCAAACUCUAACUUCAACUUAUCUUUGGAUCUCAACUCCAUCACUGUGAUAAAUGCCCCUGCUACAACAACUGUUCCUGCUACAACUGCCAUAACAACGGCACCUCCUCCAGUGGUGGAAUUACAAGUCACCUUGCAGCAAGCUUUUGUACCAGCCUUGACUGACCCUCAAAGCACAGAAUUCAAAACACUAUCAGUAACCAUUACUACAAUUUGUGACACAAUCUUCCGACAAAGAUAUGGGCUUAGUUUCAUUCAGACGACUGUUACUCAAUUCAGACCUGUGCCUCGUCUCGGUCAGGAUCCUAACACAGAGGUGGAUUUGGAACUGGAGUUCAAUGCGACCUCCACAGUACCUAUCCCCAAGGGCAGUGACAUUGUUGAAACAUUGAAAGAGGCUCUGACCAAUCCAAACUCUAACUUCAACUUAUCUUUGGAUCUCAACUCCAUCACUGUGAUAAAUGCCCCUGCUACAACAACUGUUCCUGCUACAACUGCCAUAACAACGGCACCUCCUCCAGUGGUGGAAUUACAAGUCACCUUGCAGCAAGCUUUUGUACCAGCCUUGACUGACCCUCAAAGCACAGAAUUCAAAACACUAUCAGUAACCAUUACUACAAUUUGUGACACAAUCUUCCGACAAAGAUAUGGGCUUAGUUUCAUUCAGACGACUGUUACUCAAUUCAGACCUGUGCCUCGUCUCGGUCAGGAUCCUAACACAGAGGUGGAUUUGGAACUGGAGUUCAAUGCGACCUCCACAGUACCUAUCCCCAAGGGCAGUGACAUUGUUGAAACAUUGAAAGAGGCUCUGACCAAUCCAAACUCUAACUUCAACUUAUCUUUGGAUCUCAACUCCAUCACUGUGAUAAAUGCCCCUGCUACAACAACUGUUCCUGCUACAACUGCCAUAACAACGGCACCUCCUCCAGUGGUGGAAUUACAAGUCACCUUGCAGCAAGCUUUUGUACCAGCCUUGACUGACCCUCAAAGCACAGAAUUCAAAACACUAUCAGUAACCAUUACUACAAUUUGUGACACAAUCUUCCGACAAAGAUAUGGGCUUAGUUUCAUUCAGACGACUGUUACUCAAUUCAGACCUGUGCCUCGUCUCGGUCAGGAUCCUAACACAGAGGUGGAUUUGGAACUGGAGUUCAAUGCGACCUCCACAGUACCUAUCCCCAAGGGCAGUGACAUUGUUGAAACAUUGAAAGAGGCUCUGACCAAUCCAAACUCUAACUUCAACUUAUCUUUGGAUCUCAACUCCAUCACUGUGAUAAAUGCCCCUGCUACAACAACUGUUCCUGCUACAACUGCCAUAACAACGGCACCUCCUCCAGUGGUGGAAUUACAAGUCACCUUGCAGCAAGCUUUUGUACCAGCCUUGACUGACCCUCAAAGCACAGAAUUCAAAACACUAUCAGUAACCAUUACUACAAUUUGUGACACAAUCUUCCGACAAAGAUAUGGGCUUAGUUUCAUUCAGACGACUGUUACUCAAUUCAGACCUGUGCCUCGUCUCAGUCAGGAUCCUAACACAGAGGUGGAUUUGGAACUGGAGUUCAAUGCGACCUCCACAGUACCUAUCCCCAAGGGCAGUGACAUUGUUGAAACAUUGAAAGAGGCUCUGACCAAUCCAAACUCUAACUUCAACUUAUCUUUGGAUCUGAACUCCAUCACUGUGAUAAAUGCCCCUGCUACAACAACUGUUCCUGCUACAACUGCCAUAACAACGGCACCUCCUCCAGUGGUGGAAUUACAAGUCACCUUGCAGCAAGCUUUACCUGUGCCUCGUCUCGGUCAGGAUCCUAACACAGAGGUGGAUUUGGAACUGGAGUUCAAUGCGACCUCCACAGUACCUAUCCCCAAGGGCAGUGACAUUGUUGAAACAUUGAAAGAGGCUCUGACCAAUCCAAACUCUAACUUCAACUUAUCUUUGGAUCUCAACUCCAUCACUGAUCCUAACACAGAGGUGGAUUUGGAACUGGAGUUCAAUGCGACCUCCACAGUACCUAUCCCCAAGGGCAGUGACAUUGUUGAAACAUUGAAAGAGGCUCUGACCAAUCCAAACUCUAACUUCAACUUAUCUUUGGAUCUCAACUCCAUCACUGAUCCUAACACAGAGGUGGAUUUGGAACUGGAGUUCAAUGCGACCUCCACAGUACCUAUCCCCAAGGGCAGUGACAUUGUUGAAACAUUGAAAGAGGCUCUGACCAAUCCAAACUCUAACUUCAACUUAUCUUUGGAUCUCAACUCCAUCACUGAUCCUAACACAGAGGUGGAUUUGGAACUGGAGUUCAAUGCGACCUCCACAGUACCUAUCCCCAAGGGCAGUGACAUUGUUGAAACAUUGAAAGAGGCUCUGACCAAUCCAAACUCUAACUUCAACUUAUCUUUGGAUCUCAACUCCAUCACUGAUCCUAACACAGAGGUGGAUUUGGAACUGGAGUUCAAUGCGACCUCCACAGUACCUAUCCCCAAGGGCAGUGACAUUGUUGAAACAUUGAAAGAGGCUCUGACCAAUCCAAACUCUAACUUCAACUUAUCUUUGGAUCUCAACUCCAUCACUGAUCCUAACACAGAGGUGGAUUUGGAACUGGAGUUCAAUGCGACCUCCACAGUACCUAUCCCCAAGGGCAGUGACAUUGUUGAAACAUUGAAAGAGGCUCUGACCAAUCCAAACUCUAACUUCAACUUAUCUUUGGAUCUCAACUCCAUCACUGAUCCUAACACAGAGGUGGAUUUGGAACUGGAGUUCAAUGCGACCUCCACAGUACCUAUCCCCAAGGGCAGUGACAUUGUUGAAACAUUGAAAGAGGCUCUGACCAAUCCAAACUCUAACUUCAACUUAUCUUUGGAUCUCAACUCCAUCACUGAUCCUAACACAGAGGUGGAUUUGGAACUGGAGUUCAAUGCGACCUCCACAGUACCUAUCCCCAAGGGCAGUGACAUUGUUGAAACAUUGAAAGAGGCUCUGACCAAUCCAAACUCUAACUUCAACUUAUCUUUGGAUCUCAACUCCAUCACUGAUCCUAACACAGAGGUGGAUUUGGAACUGGAGUUCAAUGCGACCUCCACAGUACCUAUCCCCAAGGGCAGUGACAUUGUUGAAACAUUGAAAGAGGCUCUGACCAAUCCAAACUCUAACUUCAACUUAUCUUUGGAUCUCAACUCCAUCACUGUGAUAAGUUCAAGUGACAAUGACUUUAGGCUUAAUGAUCGAUGCCCCUGCUACAACAACUGUUCCUGCUACAACUGCCAUAACAACGGCACCUCCUCCAGUGGUGGAAUUACAAGUACCUUGCAGCAAGCUUUUGUACCAGCCUUGACUGACCCUCAAAGCACAGAAUUCAAAACACUAUCAGUAACCAUUACUACAAUUUGUGACACAAUCUUCCGACAAAGAUAUGGGCUUAGUUUCAUUCAGACGACUGUUACUCAAUUCAGACCUGUGCCUCGUCUCGGUCAGGAUCCUAACACAGAGGUGGAUUUGGAACUGGAGUUCAAUGCGACCUCCACAGUACCUAUCCCCAAGGGCAGUGACAUUGUUGAAACAUUGAAAGAGGCUCUGACCAAUCCAAACUCUAACUUCAACUUAUCUUUGGAUCUCAACUCCAUCACUGUGAUAAAUGCCCCUGCUACAACAACUGUUCCUGCUACAACUGCCAUAACAACGGCACCUCCUCCAGUGGUGGAAUUACAAGUCACCUUGCAGCAAGCUUUUGUACCAGCCUUGACUGACCCUCAAAGCACAGAAUUCAAAACACUAUCAGUAACCAUUACUACAAUUUGUGACACAAUCUUCCGACAAAGAUAUGGGCUUAGUUUCAUUCAGACGACUGUUACUCAAUUCAGACCUGUGCCUCGUCUCGGUCAGGAUCCUAACACAGAGGUGGAUUUGGAACUGGAGUUCAAUGCGACCUCCACAGUACCUAUCCCCAAGGGCAGUGACAUUGUUGAAACAUUGAAAGAGGCUCUGACCAAUCCAAACUCUAACUUCAACUUAUCUUUGGAUCUCAACUCCAUCACUGUGAUAAAUGCCCCUGCUACAACAACUGUUCCUGCUACAACUGCCAUAACAACGGCACCUCCUCCAGUGGUGGAAUUACAAGUCACCUUGCAGCAAGCUUUUGUACCAGCCUUGACUGACCCUCAAAGCACAGAAUUCAAAACACUAUCAGUAACCAUUACUACAAUUUGUGACACAAUCUUCCGACAAAGAUAUGGGCUUAGUUUCAUUCAGACGACUGUUACUCAAUUCAGACCUGUGCCUCGUCUCGGUCAGGAUCCUAACACAGAGGUGGAUUUGGAACUGGAGUUCAAUGCGACCUCCACAGUACCUAUCCCCAAGGGCAGUGACAUUGUUGAAACAUUGAAAGAGGCUCUGACCAAUCCAAACUCUAACUUCAACUUAUCUUUGGAUCUCAACUCCAUCACUGUGAUAAAUGCCCCUGCUACAACAACUGUUCCUGCUACAACUGCCAUAACAACGGCACCUCCUCCAGUGGUGGAAUUACAAGUCACCUUGCAGCAAGCUUUUGUACCAGCCUUGACUGACCCUCAAAGCACAGAAUUCAAAACACUAUCAGUAACCAUUACUACAAUUUGUGACACAAUCUUCCGACAAAGAUAUGGGCUUAGUUUCAUUCAGACGACUGUUACUCAAUUCAGACCUGUGCCUCGUCUCGGUCAGGAUCCUAACACAGAGGUGGAUUUGGAACUGGAGUUCAAUGCGACCUCCACAGUACCUAUCCCCAAGGGCAGUGACAUUGUUGAAACAUUGAAAGAGGCUCUGACCAAUCCAAACUCUAACUUCAACUUAUCUUUGGAUCUCAACUCCAUCACUGUGAUAAAUGCCCCUGCUACAACAACUGUUCCUGCUACAACUGCCAUAACAACGGCACCUCCUCCAGUGGUGGAAUUACAAGUCACCUUGCAGCAAGCUUUUGUACCAGCCUUGACUGACCCUCAAAGCACAGAAUUCAAAACACUAUCAGUAACCAUUACUACAAUUUGUGACACAAUCUUCCGACAAAGAUAUGGGCUUAGUUUUGUUCAGACGACUGUUACUCAAUUCAGACCUGUGCCUCGUCUCGGUCAGGAUCCUAACACAGAGGUGGAUUUGGAACUGGAGUUCAAUGCGACCUCCACAGUACCUAUCCCCAAGGGCAGUGACAUUGUUGAAACAUUGAAAGAGGCUGUGACCAAUCCAAACUCUAACUUCAACUUAUCUUUGGAUCUGAACUCCAUCACUGUGAUAAGGACCUCAAGCACAGCCACAAAUGUCUCGACAAAUACAACAGCUACACCUGUUGCAACAUCAACAACAAAAGGAAUCACAACCACUACUUCCAUCUCAGUCGCUGUUCCUGUUACCACAGUACCUGGUUCUGCCAUCACAAUACCAACUGGAGAACCCAUCACUGUUCCUGUUACUGGUUAUACAACUACAACCACAUCUGUGGCCCCCUCAACUACUGUUUCAAGCACAGCACCAACAUUGGCUAUGACAACUACCAGCACAACUCCAACAACUACUUCUACUACUACGACAACAACUACCACAACGACUGCACAUCUUGCAGUGGUUACAUUACAAGUCACCAUACAAGAGGUUUUUGUACCAGCUUUGAGUAAUCCUCAAAGCACAGAAUUUCAAACACUUGCGGUAACCAUUACUUCAGUGUGUGACGUGAUCUAUCGAGCAAAAUAUGGGAUAUUUUUCAUCCGGACGAUUGUCAUUUCAUUCAUACCAGUGUUCCGUUCUCGUAUGGCAGCAGACACACAGGUGGAGCUGGAAGUGGUGUUCAAUGAGACCGCCAUUGCAACUAUCGCUCAUGCAACUAUGCCCAAGGACAUUGACAUUAAAGACACACUGAAAGAGGCUGUGACCAAUCCAAACUCUACCUUCAACCUCUCUGUGGUUCCAAACUCCAUCACUAUUAUCAGGACCCCAAUUAUAACCACAAAUUUCACAACAAAUACAGUGGCUACUCCUAUCAUCAUCAUAACCGAUAUGAACACAAUGACUGCCCCUACCACCACAACUGCUGUGACCACAAUGACCACGCCAACCACCACAAGCGCUCCAUCCACCACAACCGUUGCAGCCACCAUUACACUUACUACAGUGCCUGUGGAGUUCACUUCUAGAGAGACAUUUACCUCCGACCUAUCAAACUCAUCCUCUCAGGCCUUUCAAACUCGAGCAUCACUGAUUAAAACACAGCUUGAACCUUUCUAUCAAUCAGCUUUCACAUCAUUCAACAGUUUGACAGUGACCGAAUUCAGAAAUGGAUCAAUCAUCAACACUAUGAAUUUAGCAUUUAGAUCUUCUGUCCUCAAUUCCACGAAGAUUGGGACCAUUUUAAUAAAUUCUGCACAGAAAAUCACAGCUUUCAACAUUGUCACCACCACAAUUAAGGUCAAUGGCACAGGUGGUCCUACAUCUGCUGUUCCUACUACAACUACUGAGGCUGGCACAACCAUCACAAAACCAACUGGAAAACCUGCCACUGUUCCUGUGACUGGGCCUGCAACUACAACAACAUUUGUGGCCCCCACAACUACAGUUUCAAGCACAGAAUCAACAUUAACCAUGAAGACUACCAGGACAACCACUACCUUAACACCAACUACAACAACAACAACAACGCCAAUAACAACCAAAACAACUACACAUCCUGUCGUGUUUACAUUAAAACUCACAAUUGAAGUUUUAUAUGUACCAGCAUUGACCAACACUGAAAGCACAGAAUUUCAAACACUUGCACUAACCAUUACUUCAGAGUGUGAUGAGAUCUACCAAUCAAAAUAUGGGAUCAUUUUCAUCCAGACGAUCGUCAUUGCAUUCUUACCUGUGUCCCGACGUUCCCUUAUGCCAGCAGAAACACAGGUGGAAAUGGAAGUGGUAUUCCAACAGAUCUCCGCAGAAUCUAGGAUGAGUAAUGACAUUGAAAAUACACUGAAAGAGGCUGUGACCAAUCCAAACUCCAACUUCAAUGUCUCUGUGUAUCCGGACUCCAUCACUGUUAUUAGGGUCCCAAAUACAUCCACAGGUGCCACCACAAUUACACCGGCUACUCCUGUCAUCACAACUGUUGUCCCAGCUGCUCCAACCACUACAACGGCUGCUGCCACCACAACCUCUGUGGCCACAAAUACACUCACUACAGUGUCUGUGGAGUUCACGUCCAAAGGAGAGACAUUUAUCUCCGACCUAUCAACCUCAUCCUCUCAGGCCUUUCAAACUCGAACAUCACUGAUUAAAACACAGCUUGAACCUUUCUAUCGAUCAGCUUUCACCUCUUUCAACAGUUUGACAGUAAUAAAAUUCAGAAAUGGAUCAAUCAUUAACACCAUGAAUUUAGCAUUUAGCUCCUCCGCUGUGCCAAAUUCCAAGGAAAUUGGCACCGUUUUGAUAAAGGCUGCACAAAACAUCACAGCUUUCAACAUCAACCCCACGUCAGUUACUGUCAGCGGUGAAGUUGUGACCUCAAGUGGUAUAAGCAGCAAGACCAGUCUCUUCACUGCUUCCUGUCUGGUGGUGUUGUCGCUGCUGCUGUCAAGCUAGUCUCAGCAGCAAGCAGCAGUAUGAAAUAUCUUAACUUUGAAAAUGUAUUUACCUCAUGUCCCCCACUCCCAUCAUAUGUAAUGGCAACCUAUUUAAUCAGUAUUUGUUAACCUAAGUUGAUUCUCAUUAUAGUUAUAGUUAUUAUACUCAUUAUUCAAAUUGAAAUAAACAUAUUCUAAUCAAUUGGAGCUUA